GCGCAUCGCCCCACUGCGGGAGGGGGUGCCGCGUGCCGCGUCUGCUAGAAGUGGAGCUGAGCGAGCCGGAGCUGGGAGAGGAUCCGAGAGGCCCGCGGAGCCGCGCGGGGAACGCCGGGGCACCGCUGAGCUGGGGCCGCUACCGGCCGACCGACUGGCCUAGCGUGACCUGGCGCCUAGGGGGACGUGGGCUGUGGGGACGUGGAGGAGCGAGGCGCCGCGGCCUGAGUAAGACCCAAUGAAAAGAGCAUGACAUUUGGAGUUAGAAGAUUUAAUUUCAAAUCCCUGCACCUUUACUUACUAAUCUUGUGAUUUGGAAAUACCUAUGCAAGAUGUUGGCAUUGCAAACUUGGAUAAUGCAAGCACUGUUUAUUUUCCUCACCACUGAGUCUAUAGGUGAACUUAUAGAUCCAUGUGGUCGUAUCACUCCUGAGUCUGCAGUUGUACAACUUGGUUCUAACUUCACGGCAAUUUGUGUGCUAAAGGAAAAUUGUAUGGAUUAUUUUCAUGUAAAUGCUGAUUACAUUUUCUGGAAAACAAACCAUGCUGCUGUUCCUAACAAACAAUAUACUGUCAUAAACAGAACAGCAUCUAGUGUCACAUUUACAGAUAUGCCUUUAUUAAAUGUUCAACUCACUUGCAAUGUUCGUACAUUUGGACAGAUUGAUCAGAAUGUUUAUGGGAUCCGAAUAAUUUCUGGCUUGCCUCCAGAAAAACCUAAAAAUUUGAGUUGCAUUAUAAAUGAAGGAAAGAAAAUGAUGUGUCAGUGGGAUCCUGGAAGGGAAACAUAUCUGGACACAAACUUCACUUUAAAAUCAGAAUGGGCAACAGAGAAGUUUGCUGAUUGUAAAACAAAACGUGGCACCCCCACCUCAUGCACUGUUGAUUAUUCUCCUGUGUAUUUUGUCAACAUUGAAGUCUGGGUAGAAACAGAAAAUGCCCUUGGGAAGGUUACAUCAAAUCAUAUCAAUUUUGAUCCUGUAGAUAAAGUGAAGCCCAAUCCACCACAUAAUUUAUCAGUCACCAAUUCAGAGGAACUAUCUAGUAUAUUAAAACUGACAUGGAUCAACUCAAGUGUUCAGAGUUUCAUAAGACUGAAAUAUAGCAUUCAAUAUAGGACCAAAGAUACAUCAACUUGGAGUGAGAUUCCAUCUGAAGAUACAGCAUCCACCCGAACUUCAUUCACUGUCCAGGACCUUAAACCUUUUACAGAAUAUGUAUUUAGGAUUCGUUGUAUGAAGGAAGAUGGUAAAGGGUACUGGAGUGACUGGAGUAAAGAAGCAAGUGGGAUCACAUAUGAAGAUAGACCAUCCAAGGCACCAAGUUUCUGGUAUAAGAUAGAGCCAUCCCAUUCUCGUGGCUAUAGAUCUGUGCAGCUUAUGUGGAAGACAUUGCCUCUUUUUGAAGCCAAUGGAAAAAUCUUGGAUUAUGAAGUGACUCUCACAAGAUGGAAAUCACGUUUACAAAAUUAUAUAGUUAAUGACACAAAACUGCAAGUAAACCUCACAAACGAUCGUUACAUAGCAACUUUGACAGCCAGAAAUCUGGUUGGCAAAUCAGAUGCAUCUGUUUUAACCAUCCCUCCCUAUGGCUUUCAAGCUACUCACCCUAUAAAGGAUCUUAAAGCAUUUCCCAAAGAUAACAUGCUUUGGGUAGAAUGGACCGCUCCAAAUGAAUCUGUAAACAAAUACGUACUUGAAUGGUGUGUGUUAUCAGAUAAAUCACCCUGUAUCCCAGAUUGGCAACAAGAAGACGGUAUUGUACAUCACACCUAUUUAAGAGGGAACCUAGCAGAGAGCAAAUGUUAUUUGAUAACAGUUACUCCAGUAUAUGCUGAUGGACCGGGAAGCCCAGAGUCUAUAAAGGCAUACCUUAAACAAGCUCCACCUUCCAAAGGACCUACUGUUCGGACAAAAAAAGUGGGGAAAAAUGAAGCUGUCUUAGAGUGGGACCAACUUCCUGUUGAUGUUCAGAAUGGCUUCAUCAGAAAUUAUACUAUAUUUUAUAGAACCAUCAUUGGAAAUGAAACUGCUGUGAAUGUGGAUUCUUCCCACACAGAAUAUACACUGUCCUCUUUGACUAGUGAUACUUUGUACAUGGUACGAAUGGCAGCAUACACAGAUGAAGGUGGAAAGGAUGGUCCAGAAUUCACUUUUACUACACCGAAGUUUGCCCAAGGAGAAAUUGAAGCCAUAGUUGUGCCUGUUUGCUUAGCAUUCCUUUUGACAACCCUUUUGGGAGUAUUGUUCUGCUUUAAUAAGCGAGACCUAAUUAAAAAACACAUCUGGCCUAAUGUUCCAGAUCCUUCAAAGAGUCAUAUUGCCCAGUGGUCACCUCACACACCUUUAAGGCAUAAUUUUAAUUCAAAAGAUCAUAUGUACUCAGAUGGCAAUUUCACGGAUGUAAGUGUUGUGGAAAUAGAAGCAAAUGAAAAAAAGCCUUUUCCAGAAGAUCUGAAAUCAUUGGACCUCUUCAAGAAAGAAAAAAUUAGUACUGAAGGACACAGUAGUGGUAUUGGAGGGUCUUCGUGCAUGUCAUCUUCUAGGCCAAGCAUUUCUAGCAGUGAUGAAAAUGAAUCUGCCCAAAACACUUCAAGCACUGUCCAGUAUUCCACUGUGGUACAUAGUGGCUACAGACACCAGGUGCCAUCAGUUCAAGUCUUUUCAAGAUCCGAGUCCACCCAGCCCUUGUUAGAUUCCGAAGAGCGGCUGGAAGAGCUACAGCUAGCAGAUAGCAGUGAUGGCAUUUUGCCCAAGCAACCGUAUUUCAAGCAAAACUGCAGUCAACAUGAAACCAGUCCAGAUAUUUCAGACUUUGAAAGGUCAAAGCAAGUUUCAGUCAAUGAAGAUCUUGUUAGACUUAAACAGCAGCAAAUUUCAGAUCCUAUUCCACAGUCCUAUGGAUCUGGGGAAAUGAAAAUGUUUCAAGAAGUGUCUGCAGCAGAUCCUUUUGGUCCAGGUACUGAGGGACAAGUAGAGAGAUUUGAAGCAGUUGGGAUGGAGGCUGUGAUUGAUGAAGAAAUGCCUAAAAGUUAUUUACCACAGACUGUGAGACAAGGUGGCUACGUGCCUCAGUGAAAGACUAGUCCCUAUUAUAACUUCAGCAGUACCUGUAAAGCUAAAAAUAUCUGUGAUUUCAGAUAAAAAUAAUCUUCACUCACUGAAAAUGAUCAUUUUCUUGGAGGACAUAAAAUGUACUGCCCUCCCACAUGGGCUAUUUCUAUUCCAGAAUAUCUGGGAUUCUACUUUAAGCACUACAUAAACUGACUUCAUCCUCUGACUAGCUGAAUGACUUUGUGCUGUUUCAGGAUGUUUGCACUGAAGAAAAACAGAAAGCUUGCCUGAAAGCUGUAAAGUAAAAACAGCUUUUGUUUUGUUACCUAGAAAUCAGAGGGUAUUUCAGUAAUAAGCAGUGAUAGACUUAGCACAGCUAUACUGAUUUUAAUGACAGUUGUUACCAAAGUGGCUUAGGGGAAAGUUCAUAAAAAAGAAAAAAGUUAAAGGAGCAAGGUUUAAACCCUCUACUUCAGCUGAAAACCUAAUUUAAAAAGAGAUUUGGACAGUGUAACUGGAUGAACCCAGCAUUUGUUACCUGAUUUUUAAAAAAUUGGAAUCAUUUAUAAUCAUACCAACUCAUUCUCUUCCAUUGGUAAUGAUGCUGUCAGUUACUGGAAAAAAGGCAUUCUGGAGUUUUAAUUUGGCAAAUGAAAAAUACUGAUCUUUAAGUAUUACAUUUAACUAAAUUUUCAAAUAUUUGUUGUCUUUAUUGACAACUUCUUUGACAAUCUAUUUCACAAACUCAACAGAGUACCCAGAUAGAGCUGGGAAUGAAUGCCACAAAAGUUCUUAAGCAUUUAAAAAAUUCUUUGUAGUUUAUAAAAGCUUAAAUUGUUAACAUUUUUCUGUAUGUGUAUAUAUAAACAUUAUUGACCCUUCUUAAGACUUCAGAAAAUUUAGUUGAUGAAGCACUUUGUCUUCAGCUUGAAAUGUUUUCAUGUGCUUUGUUUUGAAUUUUAAGUAGACCAAGAUGGAAAUUGUUUUCUACCAGAUGUUUGAAGCCAAACUAAGAAGACUGGGGCAGUGACCAGUGGCAAAGCAAACAAAACAUAACCCCAAAAUGUGCAUAUUAAGCUUAGUAAAUACCACAUUUAGCAAAUAUCCUUACUGUAGAAGCACUUAGUACUUUAAUCUGCCAGUUCUAAGGUAGGUGGAACUUAGUUCUACAUUGUGAUUUAGGAAUAUCUUAGACCUCUUCCCAUAUACUCUGUUCUUCAGAGAAGUGAGCCAGGCCUCCAGAGUUUAGCACUAAACACGCUCUUGCAUUUAUUUAUUCCAUAGCAUAUCCAGCGUGCUUGAUGAGGAGGCGGGUCUAAAGGUAGGAGCUGAGUAAAAAGUUGUCAUAAGUCAUUAGUCUUUACAACUGCUAUCAAGGUUUUGGUUUUCUGUCAGGUUUAAGUUGGAAACUAGACAAAUCUGAAGUAGUUUGUAGAGGUUAUUGAAUAAAAGAUUAAGAAAAUUGGUAUAUAUUUAUAGUUGAAAUAUAAAGUCUGCUCAUUACUCUCAGAAUAUUGUUCACAUUAGAUUUCCUGUUACACUUUACUUCUAUUCUUGCCUAAUACUUUGAGUUCUUUCAUUUUUAUGGUCUUUUUGAGACAGAGCAGAUGCUUUAUUCUGACCUAUCCAAGUUCUGCAAAACCACCAUGAGAUUGGCAGAAUGACAGAAUAAGGAAAUAGGCCUCAGAGAUUAACAAGCACGAACAGAGACCCCAAAUUCACAGUACAGGAUAAUAGUGUCAGCACCAUUUAAGUUCGUAAUCAAAGGCUAGUCCAAAAUCAGUACUUCAUUUAUAUUGUUAAUGUCUGUUAAGAAAUUUAUAUUUUUCAUUUCCUCAAAAUAAGUAGUCAUAUUUUGUAAUCAUAUUUAGCUGUUAUCUUCCUCAUAACAAGUAGUGUUGGUAACAUUCUCAUGGAAGUUUGUACAUGGGUGCUGAAGGUCAGUUAUAAAAUGUGAACUCAUGAUCUCUAAAGGAAUGAGAAUGAAGAGUCAUUUAAAUAAGAAAAUGAUAAAAGCAUUUGUAUGUUGAAACUUGUAUAGACCAUGGUGCAGUGAGUGAAUAUCCCCCUACCACAAGAGCACUUUAGAUAUACUAAAUGGAUAUGGUCACUGCAAAAAUCUAUUCAGGAAAUGUGUGUUUGAUCACUAAUAUGUAAUAUAUGUCUUUGCCCAAAAAGAGAAAUACAAUCAUGAAACUUAGGUUCUAAGUACAAAAUUACUUGCCCAAGGCAUGUCUCAGAAUAAUUUGUUUCAGUGUAUAUAAACUGUAUUUUAGAUAGGCAGAAAAACAAAUCUGGUUUAUGUGAAAAUUAACUGUAUGUGUAAGUUAAAGAUUUAAUGAGUAAACAUCUGAUAACUGAAAAUUUAAAGUAAUGCUAGCACAACAGAGCAGCCUCUUUCUGAACAAAACUCACUGCUUCUAAUGGAGUUGCCCUCUUUUAAGAUGAAAAUAAGCAUAUAUUACAUGUAGUGUGGUUGUAAUUUGACUGUUACUCUUUUCUUUGGUGUCCCACCCUUGUCCCUAUAAAGGCAUAAUGCUGAGAAACUAUCGGAAAACUAUCCAACUUCCAACCCAUUCAAAUAAGUUUAGUCCUUUUUUAACAUAGAUCAGUCAGCACUCAGGAAUAUACCCAGCAUGUAAAAGCAGAGGAAAAAGCAUUCCCAUGUUCUGUGUUCACAUCUGUUCUCUACCUAAUUCAGUUCAUUUCAGCCUUAUUCCUUGAUAAGCGAUUGCACACAACAUCAUCCAAUGAUCCUAGCUUACUGUGAAGGUAAAGGUUAAUGAUGUUGAAAUGAACUUUUAAAACAUUUAUGGAUGCUCAUUCAAAGUAGAACAUCUAAAAUAGCUUUAUAUAUAGAAACUUAAAAAAUUUUUAAAGAUGUUUUUUUUCUCUCCACAGUUAACUCGUUAAAAUCAUGACAUAUAUGUAGUUGAAUAAUUUUAUAGAAUUCCCUAAAAUGUGUCUGUUAACUGGCAUAUACUGACUACAUAUCAAGUAGGAGAGCGCUUCCUCAAUCUCCUCUUUCUGGUUUUAAGAACAAAUUUCUAAACCAUAUAUUACUGUUUCACUAGUUCUGCUGAAAUGGGUCAAAUGUAAAAAUAAUAAACUACAUAAAACUUAAAAUUAUAACUUUUUUAUUGUAGGUCAUGUUAGAUUCUGUUGCCCAGGUAAGAUUACUUAAAAAUUUUUUUUUGCACUUUUCUAUAAAUUAAGAUUAUGUAAAGCCAUAAAAUAGCAAGGUAUUUAAGUUUAGCCUAAAAUCAGGCAUUGUCACAGAUUUCAAAGGUGGUAUAAACUGGCUAACCUAGUCUAAUUCUUUGAACUGGUUCUUGGCAGCAGUUCCUUUUCUGACUGUUUAUAAACAGAACUCAUGUAAGUUUAAACUUUCCAGAGCCAAAUGAUACCUUCUGGAAUUCUACUAGCAUGUGCAUCAGCAUGAUAUUUUAGUAUAGAGUGCAUUUAAAUAAGAAGGCAGCUCUGGGUGAUCUGUUAUCCAUUUAUUCCUAAAUUUUUAAUGGCUUUUUGUAGUCAGUAGUUCACCCAAACGGGUUAGUUUAACUUCAUUAGCCACAUGGUCUUUAAUGUUGGCAGAUCAUGAUGAAUAUUCAUUUAAGGCCAGUGGUGGCAGGUGUUUCAGAUCUUUUACCCUGUAAACACAAUUUUUAUCUGAAUGAUAACUGUUUUAAAUGCUGUUAUGUGAUGUAUUGGAAAGAAAGGGAUAUUUUAAAGGUGGAUAUUUGAAAAUUCUUUAGUCUUUAUGUAUACUGAAUAAUAUACUUAAAAAUGUGUGCAAUUUGCUAGUACUACAAUACAGUGAUUAGCAUUAGUUAAUGUGUCCCAUUUACUUGUAAGUGCAAUCUUUUUCACUUGGCUAUUUUACCACCAUCUAAUGUAACUUCAUAUAGGAGGCUUGUCUACGGUAUUGUAUUUUUACCUUUGCAGUGAAUUGCAUGUGCUAAUUGUAACCACAACUAUCAUUUUUAUGUUGACAUAACUCUAAAUGUUACCAUAAAUGUUUUCUUAUAUAUCAUCUCUAAUCCUUUGGGUAACCUUAAGAAAUAAAUUCUUGUUCAAAUUUUA